AUGGAUAAAUCAACUCAUGAUUUGCCUCAUUCCAUCACCUUCAGAAAGAUUGCUUUGGAGAUGGCUGAUAAUGGAGUUCAUUUAGCUACACCAACCAAAAGCUCAGAUGAUCCUGUAAAUAUAUUACAGGAAUGGAUUCCUGUGUGUGAUGAAGAACUCAAACCAGUAAUUGGCAAGAUCACUUGGCAAUGGCUUCCUUUCACCAGUUCUGCUCGUAAAGAUAAUCUUCAACUAUACCAUUGGGUUCGUGUUGUCAAUGGUGUUCCGCCUACAGGGGAUUAUUUCUUUUGCCAAUCUGUUGACAUUAUCAGAUACACAGAUGAGGAGUAUGACAAGCAUUUGACGAAUCCGAUGUGGACCAAGGAGGAGACGGAUGAACUGUUUGACUUGUGUGAGAGGUUCGAUCUCCGAUUUAUUGUAAUUGCUGAUAGGUUCCCUUCAUCUCGGACUGUAGAAGAAUUAAAGGAUCGAUAUUAUAGUGUAUCUCGGGCUAUAUUAAUUGCAAGGGCUCCAUCUCUAGGGGACGUUGCCACACGUCCUGUUGCUGAAGAGUCUCAGUUGGCUGUAACUUCGAAUGCUGGUGCAGAAGUUUCAGAGAGGGCCGUCCCUAGUGACACUGUUUCUCCAUUGAAUGUGCCUUCCACAUCACCAGACAAUGCAUCUAUUCUAGCUUCUCUUGCAUGCAGAGCAAAUGUGCAAGCUGCAAACUCAUCAACUGGACUUCGGACUGUCAAACGGAUUGAGCAAAGUUUGCAAGAUCUUGGGGUCAAUUUGAAACCAAAGGUUCCAACGAAAGCUGUUUGUGCAGACCAUCUUGAAUUAAGAAAAGAAAUUCAAGAUAUGGGAUAA